AUGUCAUCGCUCGAAGAUUUGACGCCAACGACCACCCCGAAGCAACGCCAACCUUCCUGCGACCUGUGUCGAAAGAGAAAAGUCAAGUGCGUCAAACCACCCUUUGCGACACAAUGUGAGGGCUGUAGCGCAUUGGGUCAGGAAUGCGAGUACAAGUACAGCAGGAGGAAACCGGGACCCACCAGUCGCUAUUCGAAGGAUUGUCCUAUCAUCACUCCUGAGGGUGGGCCUCAGCUGGGUGAAGGAUCGAUCCGUUCUGACCAGUCACAUGUCUUGCGGAGACGCAGGGUAUCGCGUUCCCCUCUCCGGUCUAUGUCUUCCGGAGCUUCCAACCUUUCCCAACAGUCACUCGCCCCAUUCUCGCCGAGACAUGAGACUGUGCCCCGUGCACAAUCACAUUUAUCCCCUCAACAUACUGCGCCCUGGGAUGUCUUCCCUUUCCUAGCCUCUCCGCCGCCUCUGCCUGCAUCAGACACAGCCGCGGCACCGGUGGAUGCCCUGCCCUCGACUGAGCCUUCGGAGGUUUCUCUCGCCCAGCCAGGUGUCCAACGGCAUGACGUAGAAUCUGCAAUAGACUGGUCUUGGCUAUACAUGAGUCCGAAAGCUCUGUUCAACCCUCUUAUUGUCGAGUCCAGCACAAUCUCCUUUCCGUCUCCCUCGAAUUGCGACGGUACGAUACCGCCAAACGUAGACCGGGAGUCUGUUCCUCGAGAUGGUACCCACACAUCAGGACGCGCAGCUGACAUGGGCUACUUGACAACCGCCGACAGGGCCGAACAACAAAGCGGUGGCCUCUCUUCGCCUUCUGCACCUUUGUUCGGCAAUUCUCAUGCACCUGCACCGCACGUGGGGAUCGAGGAGUGGAUUCCAUGGAGAACGCUUACGCGGAUCCUUCACGCUUAUCACACACAUUUGUAUCCAUUAUUGCCAGUGUUACAUUGGCCUACCUUUUUGCAGCGACUCAUGAGCAGAGAGGACGAGAGGAGUCGAAGUUGGCGGGCGUUUCUGCUAUCCUUAGUCGCCUACUCUAUCAUCCAGCUGCCUCGAUCGGCUCUCUCGUUUGUCGAGAUGUCCGCCCUCCGCCAUUUACAUCGCAGGUGUCACGCCGGCUCUGUUGCUCUACAAAAUCGAAGCUACAAAACUGUCACUAUCAAUGAUAUCGCCUGCGACCAUAUCUAUCUGAGCACCCUGGGAAGAACCACCGCCGCCAACGUGGCGUUAAGCAAGGCCAUUCGUCUCGCACAAGAGCUCAGAAUACACGAUGAAGGAUCCUCCGAAGUCAGUGUCGAUCGUAUCGAACUGGAGGUACGAAGAAGGGUGUUUUGGUUGCUUUAUGGCUCCGAUCGUACCAUAUCUGCCUUGACCUUUGCUCCUCUUCAGAUUAACGACGCCGAUUUAUCGAUUCCGUUGCCGACAACAAUCGAUGAUAACUUGAUCACGGCGUCGGGGGCUUUCCCCCAGCCUCCUGGAGCGUGUUCCGUCCUAAGCGGCUUUCAUCAUGUCUCGCGGAUCUUUCAUUUGCUUGGCUCGAUUCUCACAGCCCAUCGCUCCCUCUCGGCGCUUGAUAGAUCGGUUCAAUCGGACCUUUCUUUACUUCCACCAUUAGCUGCCACGCCUCGCCCAGCGAGUGAUUUCCAGACAGCACUGCAGCAGAUCCUGGCCGAUCUGCCUUAUCCGCUACAGUUGAAUAGCUCCAUGAAUUCUCAGCCGCUGGGUCAAAUGGAUAACACGAGCGAUCGACCUCCGCAACACAGUAGCGACAUCUUCGAAACAUGCAGGGCCAACUUGCUCGUCUCCCAGGCGCUAGUGAGGUACGCAAUACAGCGGUAUGCUGUUGCUGUUGGAGACAGGGAGGAUGAAGCAGACGAUAAGAUUUGGGUUGAAAAACAUGUUCUGAGCAUGCUGGAGAUGAUACCGACCGAAAGUCUAGCGGCGAACGGUGAAUCAUUGAGAAGCAAGGUCUUGUACGUUGCAAGCAAACUCAUAGAAAAGUAUCAUGGUGCCACAGAAGGGGGGACCUAUAUUGCAAGCCUCCUCGCUUUGUAUGCCAGGAUCAGGGAGAAUCAACAGGCUAAUGCUUUGGAAUCAUCUGAAAGCGUGUUACCGAGCCGAGCCCCUUCCCCCGAUCGGGUAUGA